AUGAAUAUCUUAGAUUAUAAUCGCGGGAAUCCCGAGUUUUCAGUCAGAUUAGUAGUUUGUGAUCACUAUUUGACUAAACCUACGCCGGGAAUCGACGUGAUUUAUUCUGAUUUUAGAGGAGCUGACGUAAAACAGGUACCAGUGCUGAGGAUAUUUGGUCCUACACCUGAUGGUUAUAAAGCCUGUCUUCAUGUACAUGGCGUUUUUCCAUACUUCUAUCUGCCUUGCCCAGUACCUAAUCCACAACCCCAGUUUUUAUACCAGAUUGCCGCCAGUUUAGAUAAAGCUUUAAACAUUGCUUUAAAACAGGCAACUUCUGCAAAUCAACAUGUUUACAAAAUAUCAUUAGUUAAAGGAUUACCAUUCUAUGGAUAUCAUGACAAAGAACAUCUUUAUUUGAAGGUAUUUCUAUACAGCCCUGGUUUAAUUAAACAGGCAGUGGAACUAUGUAGUAAUGGUGCUAUUUUAGGUCAAACAUUCCAACCACAUGAAUCCCAUUUAAAUUUUACGCUGCAAUUUUUCAUAGAUUUUAACUUAUUUGGAAUGAGCAACGUAGACUUACAGUGUGUUAAAUUUCGUAAAUCAGGCAUCUCACAAAAUAGUAAUGAAGUACGAAAUUCAGAUGACUAUGGCCUCAAACCAGAAAGUUCUUGUUAUUAUGAAGCUGAUUGUUCAGCAUCCCACAUUAUUAAUCGUCAAAGGGUAGGCAAAGGGGAUGGAAUUGAAAAUCCAGGCUUAGAGGAAGUAUGGAACCAAGAAUCAGAAAGGCGUAAACAACUAAAUAUAUCUCUGGCUUCAAAAUCAUUAUCUCAAGGCAGGAUAAAGGCAGAAGAAACUGAUUCCCAUUAUAAAUUUGAACAGAUAUUUAAGAUAAAACUGUCUAAUUUAAUUGAUAAACCUGUUGUUGUUGAACAUGAUAAUAAGCCUUUGGAAACAGUCUACUAUCCAGCUGAAAGUAUAGUAGGCUCUCAGUUAUUCAAUGCUGUUGAUGUCAAUGUUCAUUUGCCUGACAAUACUUUAGGUGUCAGUUUUAACCAAACCUUGAAUGGUAAUACAGAUGAAUUUGUAGAAAAAGAUGUGGACAAUACACUAGUGGACGAAGAGUUAGCUUUGAACAACAGUUUAUCUUUACAUUACAGCCAAGUAUUGUUGGACAGUGAAGAUUUUGAACUGGUUGAUAUGCUGCAAAAUAUGGAUGAAAAGCCUAUUGAAGAAGAUAGUGUUAUGGGUAUACCAGUCAAUGUAGAAAAUGAUGCAGAUGUUGAAUUAGAUAAUGCUGAAUAUUCACAAAUAUUUAAUGAAGAUACCUUAAUUUUAAGUCAAGAUAAAUAUACAGAUGUAAGUGAAAGUUCACCGUCGUGGAAUGAUUCGUUUUGGGAUGGUGCCAACAUACCACAACUUGAUGGAACUUGUGACGAUGAUCAUGUCAAGAAAGUUAGGAAAAGAAAAAUGAGAUCUUUUAAACUUGGUCUAUCGCGACCGAAGUCAAAAAAAAAGGAAUCUAAAUCAGUAGAUACUACUUCUGAAUCUACGUUAGACGUUAGUGAGGUUGAUGAAAUAAAUGUUUCAAGAGACACAAUAGAGGAUAUUUCAGAUUUACAUUUAAAAAGAGCUGUGAAAAUAGAAACUGAGAGUAUUUUAAAGAAAUGUAAACAUUCGAAUUCCGGCAAUGUGACAUCAAAGGUAACUUUAGUUAAAGAACUAACAGAAAACUGUGACGAUUUACCUCUAAACGCCGCUAAAAUAUAUGAUUUAGAGAGAAAUAUUGAACCAGCCGCUGGGCCCUCAAAUUGGAGUAUCAACGAUACUUUAAGACAAAAAUUUGAUGAUAGUAUAAAUGAUAUAGAUUCCUCCCCAGAGUGCAAUAAAUUAGGUAUAAUGAGCUUUUAUGACACGUCUAAAGUAUUCGAUUUAUCAUUAGAAAAUGAUAGUGACAUACACUACAAUUCAGAUAAAUAUGGUAAUGUCAGUAAUCAUUGUUCGCCAGUGGAUAUCGAUAUAAAGGCAACAUCGGAAAUAAAAAUGGAAAUAAAUACAACAACUGAAGAAAUGAAUAAUGAAAAUAAACGAAAUGUUACGUUAAUAGAUUAUAAUUAUUCUAAGAUAUUAACCCCUCGAAUGAAACCACCGACUAAAAGCUAUGUAAUGUCUACUUUACAUGAAUACAAUAUACCUAAAACAAAAAAUCCUAAACCAUAUUAUUCAGACCACAAAGAUGUUGGUGAUAAAGUAGAAAUAGGUCAAAUUGUGUUAAAAGUCAACAGUAAACUAUCGAGAGAUCAGAAACCAUUCGAAAAAGUACUAGAUGCAACAAAUAUAGAAGAGUGGCGGCAUUUAAUAUUUCUGCAAACAAAUAAUAUGUCACAAGAAUCAGCAAACCCAGACAGCUUAAAAUUAAUUCUGGCUGGCAAUAAAAAAAACAUUUUGGAGCCAUUAACAAAACCACCGACGAAAAAAGAGAUAAUGAAAUGGUUAGAACAACGAAAUAAUGUCACAAAAGACGAAACUGACAAUAAUGUAGAUAUAAGUACAAAUAUUGAUGAUUUGGAGAAUUCACAAGCCUUAGGUUUAGCUGAAAUUAAUAACAGUAUGAGUCUGGAAACAGAUGACAAGGAUAAAAAUAAUUUAAAUACUAGCCUUCAAGUCAGUAUGCAACCUGAUGGCUCAUUUCUGUGCUUUGGAACUAAUGAUAAUCGAUUAGACAGCAAUACUAUUGAGACGCCGGUAGUUGAUGUAAACUUUUUAACAGUAAUGUUAGCUGAGGUUCUUACUGCAGUUAGAGGAGAUUUGAACCCUGAUCCAGCGAUAGAUCCCAUCCAAGCUUUAUUUGUCACUAUAACAAAUGAUUGCCCCCCGGAUCACCGGUUAGUUAAAAGCAUUACUAAAGUAAUUGUUGUAGAAGAAACAGCAGCAAUAAAGUAUCUAGAUAGAUGCGUUUUCGAUGUCGAUGUUACAUACGUAAAUAAUGAGAGUAAUUUAUUUGAGAAAAUCAUAGAAUUGGUAAUUAACCACGACCCAGAUAUAAUGUGUGGGUAUGAAGUAGAAAUGGAUUCUUGGGGCUACCUUUUCAGUCGAGCUCAAGCCUUAGGUUUGGAAAUUGUUAGAGAAGUUUCUAGAAUAACCGAAAAGCAUCGUCAAAAACGAUGGAGAGGUGAAGAAACUGAUUAUGAGGCAAGAAUUAUUGGCAGAAUCAUGUUAAAUGUUUGGCGAUUAUUUCGUCAUGAGAUGGCGUUGUCAAGUUACAGCUUUGAAAACUGCAUGUAUGAGGUAUUGAAAGAAAGAGUUCCUAAGUAUAGUUACUCUCAGUUAGCGGCAUGGUGGCAUGAUGAGUCAAGAAUAUUAAGAUGGAUUCCAGUAGAAUAUUACUUGACAAAAUUGUCUGGUACCGUCAGGAUGUUGGAUAAACUCGAUAUUAUAAACAGAACUUCAGAAUUGGCUCGACUUUUUGGACUGCAAUGGUGGGAAGUAUUAUCCCGAGGGUCACAGUUCCGUGUCGAAUCUCUAAUGCUGCGAGCAGCAAGACCACUGAAUUUAGUAGCAUUAUCACCGACUGUCAAACAGCGGGCAGCCAUGCGCGCCCCUGAAUGUCUCCCGCUCAUAUUUGAACCUGAGUCGCGGUUCUACGCCGACCCCGUCAUAGUCCUUGACUUCCAGAGCUUGUACCCAUCUAUGAUGAUUGCUUACAACUACUGCUUUUCAACUUGCAUUGGACGAGUUCAAAAUAUUAGUGAUACAGCUUACGAAUUCGGGGCAUGGCGUCUUAAAAUACCUAAAGCUAAAGUCGAAGCUCUAGUUAGAGAGAACUUAGUCCAUUGGUCGCCUGUCGGUGUUGGAUUUGUUAAAGCUUCCGUACGUCGUGGUGUACUGCCGGCACUAUUAAGAAGGAUACUCGCUGCCAGACAGGCUGUCAAGAAAAAUAUGAAGGCACAAACCGAUGAAACUGUGAAGAAAGCCAUGCAUUCUAGACAAUUAGGUUUGAAGUUAAUCGCAAACGUAACUUAUGGGUACACAGCGGCUAACUUUAGCGGUCGCAUGCCCUGCGUAGAGGUCGGCGAUAGUGUAGUGGCGAAAGGCAGGGAAACAUUAGAACGAGCUAUCAAAUUAGUCCGAGAGAGUACUCAGUGGAAUGCUAAGGUAAUAUACGGUGACACGGACUCUAUGUUCGUAUUGGUGCCUGGAGGGACCCGCGCGGAGGCGUUUGAAAUAGGACAACAAAUCGCCGACGCGGUUACCGCCGACAAUCCAUCGCCUGUUGCACUCAAACUUGAAAAGGUAUACCAACCUUGCAUUCUGCAAACAAAAAAGCGCUAUGUAGGUUACAUGUACGAAAGUGCCGCUCAAGAGAAACCUGUGUACGAAGCCAAAGGAAUAGAAACUGUCCGAAGAGACGGAUGCCCAGCUGGUGUUAAACUUCUGCAACGCGCUUUGUGCGAAUUAUUCGAAACGGGGGACAUGUCUCGCGUCAAGCGCUCCGUGAUGGCUACGCUUUCAAAGUUGGUAGACGGCACGUUGCCACCGCAAGAGUUGUUCUUCACUCGUGAGUACCACGGCCCUGGCGGGUAUAGGGCCGGUGCUAGCGCGCCACCCAACGAGAUAGCUAGGCGCCUGGCAUCGCGCGACAGUCGCGCGCGGCCCCGCACCGGGUGGCGCGUGGCGUGGCAGGUGGCGGCGGGCGCGCCUGGCACGGCGCUGGUGCGGCUGGCGCGCACGCCCGGCGAGUUGCGGCGUGAGCCCGCCACGCCGCCGCACGUAGCGUACUACGCGGCGCGCGUGCUCUUGCCGCCCCUGCACCGCUGCCUCUCCUUGCUCGGUGUCGACGUUUUUAAAUGGUGGUCGGAAAUAGGAAUGACUCGCGAAAUCCAGGCCCGUGAGUGUCGAAACACGGGCGGUAUAGCUCGUUACAUGUGGCGCGAACGUUGCGCGCUCUGUGGCACUCGCAGCUCACGCGAUGCCAUAUGCGGGAGCUGUGCCGUUAGCACCAAAGCGCAGAAGUCUGCCGCCGCCCUCGCAUGUAGAUUGAGCGUCGCUUAUGACAAUAUGCAAUAUUGUAACAGUAUUUGUGCAUCAUGUUGUGGUCACAAUAACACUGCACAUUGUGAGAAUAUGGAAUGUCCAGUGUUAUGGAGACGCAUCACCGCAGAACAUAAACUAUUGCAAAUUCGGGAUGUCACUGCAAAUCUGCCUCCGCAAUUCGCUCAAGAGAGCCUAGAUUUUUAA